AUGGAUGAUGUCAUCUCCAGUUUACACCAGGAACUGAAGAGAAAACUGAACAUUUUGACCAGACCAAGUGGAAUUGAAGUGGAAGAAUCCAGGCUUGAUGGACCUCUACUACAGAUUUUAUUUACCAACAAUGCAAUCUCCAAACAAUACCACCAAGAAAUUGAAGACUGCAUUUGCAGUUUAGUUCAGAAGUAUCAGGAACAGUCAAAAAAUGACACAGAAAAAGCUUCCUUUGACGUCAAACCUCAGCCAUCAAGUUUUGUUCUGGAAGAGAAUCAUAAAGUGAAAACCGCAAGUACAGUCAAGAAAAUCAAAGAUGCUUUUAGUGUAGUGGGAAGCGUUCUUUAUUUUACCAAUUUUUGUCUUGACAAACUUGGGCAGCCUUUGUUAAAUGAGAAUCCACAGCUGACAGACGGAUGGGAAAUACCCAAAUACCAGCAAGUCUUCAGUCAGGUUAUUUCCGUAGAUGGACAGGAGGUGCAAAUAAAGGAUAAAAGACCCAAGCCUUGUUGCUUCAACUGUGGUUCAGACUUGCACCAGUUAAAGGACUGUCCAAAGCCGAGGGACUUUGCCCGAAUCAGUGAAAAAAGGAAGGAGUUAUCUCAAAACAACAAUCAAAACAGUUACCAGCGGUAUCAUGCUGAUGAAGAGAGAUUUGGAAAAUACAAAGCGGGAACGAUAAGUGAAGAACUGCAAACUGCCCUGGGUAUUCCUGAAAACAGCCUCCCUCCAUUCAUAUACCGCAUGCGUCAGCUGGGAUAUCCUCCAGGGUGGCUGAAGGAAGCAGAGAUGGAGAAUUCUGGUCUAGCUUUGUAUGAUGGAAAAGAUGAUGGAGUAAUGGACAAGGAUAAAAAUGACCAGAGCAGACAAGUCUCUUAUGAUGUCUCUAAGCUGAUAGAUUUCCCUGGCUUCAAUGUUCCAGCUCCAAAACGAAUACUUGAUGAAUGGAGUUCGUACAAUUCAAUCCCUAUGCAGCAUAGUCAUUUGAAGACGUGCUUUGCAACUUACCUGUCACGUAACUAUCCAGAGCCUGGUUCAAGUUCCAACAAAAGAGCUUAUGAAUCGGAUUCAACCCCUUGCAACCCAAAAAAGCGACGAUCGGAGACAGUAACGUGUUUGGACAUGGACAUUGAUUCAGGCUCUGAAACUCCUCAUAGUACCCAGGGCUACGACAAUUUCCGUUUUCAGCCCCCGCUCCCCCCCGGGUCUCCAGCAAUGAGUAGCCUGCCCCCUCUGCCCCGCGGAACACCUCCUGGCACCCCUCCUAACUUCGUUCCUCCUCCGCCCCUCACCCCCACCCCUCCACCGCUUCCCAAGGGCACUCCGCCCCCCACCCCCACCAACGGCUCCCCGGCAGUGCGGCCACACGUGGUGGACGACUCUACUGAUGCAGACGCCUUGACCCUGGAGGAGCUGGAGGAGCAGCAGAGGCUGAUCUGGGCAGCGCUUGAGAACUCGGAGACCACUACCAACAGCGACUUGGAGACCCCUGCACACACGCCCCUCACCGGCACAUCGCAAACGUCCUCACCCUUAAGGAACGACGCAGAGGAAGCCGCUCAGGAGGCAGGAGAACUGAAAUUGGAGGCUGCCGAUACUACUGUCAACGAUGGGGACAAGGAGUCGGCGAUGCUAGUACCUGCAGUUGAAAGUAUCAGCUCUGUGGUUGCCGAUAGCACCAGCAACUCCACUGACAAUGGCAAGGUCCCAGUGGAAAUAAAGGAAGAGCCAGUGUGCAUAGGAGCUACAGAGUCUCCGAGCAGCAGCAUGGCACUUGAGACAGGCAAUAGGACUGAUGAGGAGGCCAGAGAUGGCUCUGAGAUAGUCGGGUUUGUCCCUCACAGAAGUAAUUUUGCUGCUGGAAUAACCCCCUUUGAAGACACUGGGGAAUACACUAAUGUUGCUAAAACCACAGGAGUCUACCUCAAACUAAGAGACUUGCUGAAAAGUUCCCCAAGAAACCAAACGAAAGCAAAAAAUUAAUAUUUGGCAAAAUCAGUGAGCAGCUGAAUGCAGAAAUCCAGGGAUUUGUAAUAAAUAAAUCCUUGUGUGUUGGGCUUUUUUUAUUUUUUAUGGACCAUUUCAAACUUUGUUUUAAUACUCUAUUAUUAUUAUUAUGGUAGGCUUGGGGUUUAGAAUUAAUCUGCCGCUAACAGAUGACCAGAACAUCUAAAUGUCUUUACAGAUUUCCAGAAGUUCACUGUCUGAUCACCAAUGUUAUGGUAUGUGUAAAUACCUUUCUUUUUUAAAUUGCUGAGUAAUGAGGACCUCCAUUUGUUAGGCAAAUAGCAACUUUUUAUAUGCUUGCUAUUGAUUCUGGCUUUAUAAAAUCGCCUGGAUAUGGUGUUUUGUGGAUAUGGUGUUUAACGGUAUGUUUUAAAUGUUACACAUUUUUUAAACUU